UUGGUCCCGCUCCGUCACUCACCCCCCCACCCACCCAUCCACUCGUUGCUGCUGCUGGCCUUUGACACGCCGCGCCCCUCACCCGCGCACCCCCCUCCGACGCCCUCUCUCCCUCUCCCUGUUACACCCCUCUUAACCCUCCACGUUUAUGUCUUUUUCCGCCCUUCGUCGUCUAUCCACAACCGUCUCACACCUAAACCCGAUUAAAAUGGCCACGGCAGAGUACACCACCCGCUCGGUUGGCCCCGCCAACACGCUCGAGCACCGCGUCUACCUCGAGAAGGACGGCAAGGUCAUCUCGCCUUUCCACGACAUCCCCCUCUACGCCGAUGACUCGCAGACCAUCCUCAACUUCGUCGUCGAGGUCCCCCGCUGGACCAACGCCAAGAUGGAGAUCUCCAAGGAGGAGGCCUUCAACCCCAUCAAGCAGGACACCAAGAAGGGCAAGCUCCGCUACGUCCGCAACUGCUUCCCCCACCACGGCUACAUCUGGAACUACGGUGCCUUCCCCCAGACCUGGGAGGACCCCAACCAGAAGCACCCCGAGACGGCUGCCAACGGUGACAACGACCCGCUCGACGUCUGCGAGAUCGGUGAGGCUGUCGGCUACGUCGGCCAGGUCAAGCAGGUCAAGGUCCUCGGCAUCAUGGCUCUCCUUGACGAGGGCGAGACCGACUGGAAGGUGAUCGUCGUUGACGUCAACGACCCCCUUGCCGCCCGCCUCAACGACAUUGAGGACGUUGAGCGCCACCUCCCCGGCCUUGUCCGUGCCACCAACGAGUGGUUCCGCAUCUACAAGAUCCCUGACGGCAAGCCCGAGAACGUCUUCGCCUUCUCCGGCGAGGCCAAGCCCAAGAAGUACGCUCAGGAGAUCAUCCUCGAGACCCACGAGGCCUGGAAGAAGCUCGUCAAGGGCGAGUCCCCCGCCGGCGACAUCUCGCUUGCCAACACCACCCUCUCCGGCUCGGCUGGCCUCGUUGGUGUCCAGGACGCCAAGUACGCCGCCAUCCCCCCCAACGCUCCCCAGCCCCCUGCCCCGAUCGACCCCUCGGUUUCCAAGUCGUUCUUCAUCUCGUCGGGCUCGGCUUAAGCGUGAGCGAGUCAGCAGCAUAAAGUGUAGCGUGCUCUUGUUAGGAGAGCACUGAUGCAUUCUGUGAGAUAGG